AUGGAUCCUGCAAGGCCGGGAGUCGACCUGGAGAAGGAGUUGACCUGCUCGAUCUGCACCGAAGUCCUCUACCAGCCCUUGACGCUCCUCGACUGCCUGCACACCUUCUGCGGUUCGUGCCUGAAAGACUGGUUCAGCUGGCAAAAGACAGCAGCAGAGACCUCACCGACCCCUCCGAGUCCAGGCGCCCAGAUAUUCACCUGCCCGUCAUGUCGCGCCUCGGUCCGCGACACGAGGCACAAUGCCACCGUCACCACCCUGCUCGAGAUGUUCCUGUCUGCGAACCCGGACAAGGCCAAGCCCGAGGACGAGAAGGAGGAGAUGCGCCAGAAGUACAAGCCGGGGGAUAACGUCCUGCCGCAGGUCCGCUUGCCCGACAGGUCGCCCGAGGAGAGGAGGGUGGAUCAGAUGGAGAGACGGAUGCUGGAGCAGGCGCGCGAGAUGAGCCUGCGCGACGCCGGUGUCGAGUCGUCAGAAGCGCCCCGAUCGAGGCGACGCCGAGAACACAGCAGGUCUGACGACGGGAGGAGUCGGUCGGGCAGGGAGAGCAGUCGGGACACCCGAUAUCGCGACACGCGCGACCGGACGCGGAGGGACGAGGGGCGCAGGCAUCGCGUCGAUUCGAACGGGAUGCUGCAACCUGAGUCAUCCUCCGCUGAACGACAGCGGCAUCGCAGCGAGUCACAGCACCAGUCGCGUGAAUCAUCCCGGACGAGGAGGAGGCACAUAGAGCACCAGGCGUCGAUAAGAUCGUUGAUCAGCUCUUCCGAUGUCGACUCCCGCGAUUUGGAGAAGGAGAUUGAUGACUUUGCCCGCCAGAUCCAGGAGGAAGGCUUGCUAGAUGGCUUAGAUCUGGACAAUAUCGACCUUAACCGCAACGACGAGUUGAGUCGGAGGAUCACAGAAGCAUACAGGAGGCGGCAGAGAGAUAGAACCCGUGCCGAACCAGCCAGGAGGAACAACGUCAGUGUCGCUUCUCAGCGACCUGAGGUCAUACAAUCCCACUCGAGACCCCCUGUUACGGAUGCAUUACGACCUACGAGCCGGCAAAGAUCGAGUUCAGCGAAUACUAGACCGUCCAGUGCAGCUAGCCAGGCGGACGAUCGCAGUCGUCCUCCCAUAACAUCAACGCACCUGGAGGUUCGCAACGAUCUCGAAAGGCGGCGGAGGAGGAGAGCGUCGAGUGCUAGUCGACGCUCAACAGAUCCAAUCCGACCGAGUACAGCCGAGACUCGACCAGCAGCCAGAUCUCAAACAGACCUGACUCUGCGGUCUCAGAGUACUGACCCAUUUGGUCGCCGUCCCUCCCUCGUCGAGGGGAGAAGUACCAGCAUGCCUACAGAAAGAUCAGGUGGAUCAUCAUCGGGCGAACAGUCUGGGAUUAGGGACUUGUCAUUCAGUGGACGAGCAGCAGCUCAGAACCCUAUGGUCCCGCCUCCUUUAGCUUUAGACACCCGCUCGCAUCUACAGUACCAUUCCGACGAUUCUAGCAACGAGAGACCGAGGCGGACUCCAAGGCCACCAAGCAUGACCGCCCCGCAAAGUCCGUUGCCCAGCCUCGGGCUUCUAUCUUCGCCCAUAAGCCGUCCCAGUAGUCAACGGGCAAGGUCACAGUUCUAUCCGGAGCCAUCAAUCACAUGUUCGAGAUGCCAACGACCGCACAUAGAAUACGAACUGCAUUAUAACUGCUCCAGGUGCUCUGGGGGCAACUGGAACCUAUGCCUGGAUUGCUACCGCUCCGGCAAGGGCUGUCCACACUGGUUCGGCUUCGGCUACGCAGCCUUCGUCAAGUGGGAGCGCGCUCGAACCGCCGGCGGCGACAACGAGCACCUCGAGCCCCCUCACAUGCUGACCUCGAACCGCUACAACCCACCGCGCCACAUGCCAGGCGGUGCCGAGGGCCGCAAGACGCUUACAACGGACGACCCGGCGCUCCGCCUCGAGAGCGGCAUGUUCUGCUCGCGGUGCUUGGCCUGGAGCAACGACUGCUUCUGGCGCUGCGACGUCUGCAACGAGGGCGACUGGGGCUUCUGUAACAAGUGCGUCAACCAGGGCCACAGCUGCACGCACAUGCUGCUGCCGCUGACCUACGUGCCGCCCUCCUCCUCCCACAACAACACGCCGACCGACAGGUUCAACCCGCGCCGUCCGCGCGCUUCGACCCUGUUCACCGGCCCGAACGCGGCGAGCAUCGGCAAUUUCAGACCCCUCUCCUUCACGACGACGUGCGACAACUGCCGCAACGCCAUCGCGCCCACCCAGCAGCGCUACCACUGCUUCGCGUGCACCAGCACCGUCGUGUCGGACACGCAGACCGGCGACUACGACAUCUGCCUCGACUGCUACGCGGGGCUAGUACGCGAUGAAAAGCGCAUCUCCGACGAGAACGGCCCGGCCGGGUGGCGGCGCUGUCUGAACGGGCACCGCAUGGCGGUCGUCAGCUUUGCGGAGGCCAAGGGCGGGCUGAAGCGGUUCGUCGUGCGGGAUGUGGUCGGGGGCAGCGAUCUGCAUGUGGAUGCAGGUGCGCACUCGGAGGGGUGCAGCGAGCAGCGCCUGCAGAAGUGGUGGUGGUACGACGGCGCCGAUGGCUCGAAGAUCGAGAGGCUGGUGACUUUGGACGUCGCCGCUGCCUCCUCAUCCCCCGCCGAUCAUCAGCAGCAGCAGUUCCCGCCCGACGGCGGCGCCGGCAUGAAGGGUGUCGCCUUGUGGUCCUGGUACCCGGCGCCCGGGGCCGAGGACGAGCUGCUGUUCCCCAAGGGCGCCGAGGUGCGCGAGGUCGUGGACGAGAACGGCGAGUGGUUCUUUGGCGUGUAUAUGGGCGAUAAGGGGCUGUUUCCUGCGCCGUACGUGCGGGUCUUUGAGCGGUGA